AUGCAUUACAAUAGUUUAAUUACCAAUGCGUUCGUUAUUUGUUCUAUUCUGCUAUGCUGCGUACCACAAUCGUACAGCCAAAAUGUGGGACCAGCUGUAAAAAUGACCAAUGGACAAGUGUGGCCGAAACCUGUGCUGCAACACAUCUACGAUGAAUACUUGACAUUUGAGCCAGAAAAUUUUCAUUUCAAUAUUACGGGUUAUAGUUGUGACGACCUUCAAGAUGCAUUCAAACGGUAUAAUUCUAUGCUGUUUUUAAAAGCUACGAAAACAUUUCAACAAAACACUAGUCCAUCUGCGGACCCAAUCAUUGGCAAGAUGGAAGUGCUCAAUGUGCAGUUGACAAAUCCCUGUGAAAAUUAUCCUUCGUUAAAUAUGGAAGAAAAAUACGAAAUCAAAAUAAUCAAUUCCAGUGGGCUUUUAGUUGCAACGUCUAUUUGGGGUAUUCUCCGAGGUCUAGAAACAUUUUCUCAGUUGGUUUAUUUGGAAACGGACGGUUCGACGUUCGUGAUUCGGCGAACGACAAUAGUGGACUAUCCGAAAUUCAGACAUCGUGGGUUCCUAUUAGACACGUCCCGCCAUUAUUUCCCCAUCGAAUCGAUCACGAAAACUCUAGACGCCAUGUCGUAUUCGAAAAUGAACGUGUUUCACUGGCACAUGGUAGACGACCAGAGCUUUCCGUAUCAGAGCAGCGCUUUUCCGAACCUCAGCGAAAGAGGAGCUUUCGGGAAAUCGGCCAUUUAUACGAGAGAUGACGUCAGACGUGUGAUCGAAUACGCAAAACUUCGAGGCAUUCGUGUCAUUCCAGAAUUCGACACCCCAGGACAUACAUUAUCUUGGGGACUCGGUGGCAUUCCGGGACUACUAACUGAGUGUUCGGAUUCCGAUACAAAUCAAUUUGGGCCUAUCGACCCGACGGUUGAGAAAAACUACAAUUUUAUCAGGACGCUAUUGUCUGAAGUCAGUGAAUUAUUCCACGACAAUUAUUUACACCUCGGUGGCGACGAAGUAGAUAGUUCUUGUUGGACCACGAACAAAAAGAUACAGGACUUUAUGCAUCGCAAUAACAUGAAGAACGUCGUCGAAUUAAAAGACUACUACUUCGCAAACGUCUUCAACAUAACUCGAAGUUUGAAAACCGUGCCCAUCGUGUGGGAAGAAAUAUUUGACGAUAAUAUCCACCUCGACCCCAAAACCGUGGUCCAUGUGUGGAAGGACUCUUAUGAUUAUUCGAUCUUGUCGAGGGUGAUGAAGAGCGGACAUCCGGUGCUGUUUUCCAGUUGCUGGUACGUGAACUACAUCAAGUACGGAACGGACUGGCCGAAAUUCUACAGGUGCGACCCGACCUCAGAGGUCGGCGAUAACAGUUUGUUCUUGGGAGGCGAGGCCUGCAUGUGGGGUGAGUUCGCGGACGAAACGAACUUAUUGCCACUCACGUGGCCCAGGACCAGCGCAGUGGCCGAAGUGCUCUGGUCACACACUCUAAACGAGACUGAUGCCAAGUACAGGAUCGAGGAACACGUUUGCAGGAUGAGGCGUAGAGGAAUACCAGCUGAGCCUGCCAACGGACCUAGCUAUUGUCAUUACUAG